AUGGGCGCUUGCAUGUCAUCAGGGGGAGUUCAGGUCGACAUUUCUGAGGAGGACAAGCGGCGGAACAGAGAAGUCGAGAAGGAUCUCCGAGAAGCGCGAACCAAGAUGGCCGCGCAGGUGAAGGUCCUGCUCCUUGGCUCCGGUGACUCCGGAAAGUCGACCAUCCUCAAGCAAAUGCGCCUCAUCCACAAGGUGCCUUUCACUCCCCAAGAGAUCGAACAGUACCGCCAACUCGUCUUCAACAACCUAACCAAUGGUUUUGUCUACCUCCUCGACGCCAUGGAAGACAUGGAGCUCGAGGUUGAGGACGACAAUCAGAAGCACCUCGAGUUGAUUCGGAGCGCUCCUGACCUUCGGGAUAACCAAGUAUUCCCACCGGAUUUCUUCGAGCCCCUCAAGUCGCCAUGGGCAGACAAGAAUGUGCAGACGGCGUACGAGCGCGGAAACGAAGCAGCUCUACCAGAAAACCUCUCAUACUUCUUCCCCGACCUCGACCGCCUUUUUGAACCUUCAUAUCAACCCACCGAGCAAGACAUCGUUCAAUGCAGAGCGCGGACCAUCGGUAUCACGGAGACCACCUUCCAACUGAAGGACCACGAGAUGUUGAUGGUGGACGUUGGUGGACAGAAGAGCGAGCGGCGGAAGUGGAUACAUUGCUUCCAGGACGUGACGAGCAUUCUGUUCCUGGUCAGCUUAAGCGGGUACGAUCAGUGUUUGGUGGAGGACAAGGAUGCGAACCAAAUGCAGGACGCAAUGACCAUUUGGGACUCAAUAUGUCAUUCUCAAUGGUUUAAGCAGACUUCAAUAAUAUUAUUCCUGAACAAAAACGACCUCUUCGAGAAGAAGAUCGCGCAUUCAGACAUCAAAAACUUCUUCCCGGACUUUGAAGGUGAAUCGGGUGACCCCAAGGCUGGCCGCGACUACUUCCGGAAACGAUUUACCAAGCUCGCCCAGAAGGCUGGCCGGGGGAAAGAGCGGGAGAUAUAUAUUCACACGACGACCGCGACGGAUACGGAGAUGCUUCGGGUAGUGAUGGCUGCUGUUGAAGGUGCGUGUUAA